CGUGACCCCUCUCCGCCAGAUCGCCGCCAUCAUGGACACGAGCCGCGUGCAGCCCAUAAAGCUGGCUAGGGUAACCAAAGUGCUGGGCAGGACCGGUUCGCAGGGACAGUGCACGCAGGUGCGUGUGGAAUUCAUGGAUGACACCAGCCGCUCUAUCAUCCGAAACGUCAAAGGCCCCGUUCGAGAGGGUGAUGUGCUCACCCUGUUGGAGUCAGAAAGAGAGGCUCGGAGGUUGCGCUGACCCUGCUGCUGGGUCCUAGAUAUCCACCACUUAACCCAUGGAAUGACCUGCAACUGUUAAAUAAAGCAUUUGUAUUUU